AUGUAGAGAAACCUGCAAAGACCCCCACCGUCCGUCCGUCCGUCGGACAGCCUUCUGAUUGGUUGCCACUUGCACACGGGGCGUGGCCUAUGGCGGUGGGCGUUUCACAAAACCAGCCUCCACGCAGCUCAACCUUUCAUUCACUACGGAUUUGUCGAGUUGAAUCGGACUCUCCACAGUUGUUGUUUUUUUUUUCAUUCUAUCUGCGAACCGUAUCGUUUAUUUCUUUCUUAUUAACCGCAUGCGUAAAGUGUUCCUUUGACCGCACUGCCUUCAGUCGCGCAAACGAGCUCUUCGUCGUUAAACUUUUUCCCUUUUUUUUUUCUUUUUUUUCCCCCGUUCAUUUUUGCACAACCUACCUGAGUUGUGUUUCCACUCUGCACGCCUCCCACUCCUCCCCGCCAUGGAUUUGGUUUGGAUUUUGGGCGUCGUUGCGAGCGUCUGCGCCUGGUUUGCGUCUGCGGAGCGGCACAGCGUCUACUGGAACAGCACAAACCCAAAGUUUCUAGGGCACAACUACGCCGUAGAGGUGAGGCUCAACGACUACUUGGACAUCGUCUGCCCCCAUUACCCUCAGGGUGAGAAGGCCAUGCUGGACGCCGAGCGAUACGUGCUCUACAUGGUGGAGCGCGAGGACUACGAGUCUUGCAAGCCCCAGUCGUACGACCAGAUGCGCUGGGAGUGCGGCCACCCCUUCGCGCCUCACGCUCCUGAGAAGUUCUCCGAAAAGUUCCAGCGCUUCACGCCGUUCACGCUGGGAAAGGAGUUUCGCCAAGGAGAAAGCUACUAUUAUAUCUCCAAACCUUUGCACCACCAUGGCCAGGAGUGCCUCAGGCUCAGGGUGGACGUCGUAGCCGCCGAUGGCUCUCAAGAGGCCAGAGUGGCCAAGGGAGGCACGGGUGGGGCUGAAGUCGGAGCUGGAGGAGGGGUUCACAACCCGUCCAACAGACUGCCUGCAGCGGACGACCCGGUGGUAAUCCUGCCAGACGUCCAGAAGAGCGUACGGACGAACUCCGCGGCGGCAGCCACGUCCCUCUCAAUCCUCUCACUGCUAGUGCCCUUCUCAUUACUGCUGCUGCUGCAUUGAGAGCGCACCAGAGAGGAGUUCUGUUGGGAGACGCUUUUCUUUCAGGGACUACAAUGAAGACGGUCCGUGGGGUUCGGAAAACCACUGACUCAGAAAUCGAUGCCCAGUGCUGGCCACAGGGAGAGACUUUUGGAGCUGGAAAAAGUACACACGGACUCGAUUGCACAACACGUGCUGAGUAACGUUGAGGAUUUGAGACAAGCAAUUUUGCUUUGUCUUAUUUUUCGGAAGAUUUUUUAUUUUUUUUUGUGUGUGUGUGUGUGCGUUUUUGAAAGACAAAGCUCUCCUUGAUUGGUUGAAACCUCUUUGGAGGACAUCCCUACGAGAAAAUAUGAAGAAACCGAGGAGGAACGUAAAAUGGCUGAAGAACAAUCAGAAGCAGAGGCACCAAUGCAACCAUAUUUGGACUUCGUGUUCCGAUGAAAUUAAUCGGCGUUUAAAGAAAAACGAUUCUCCGACCGUUUGAGCCAAAGAUCAAUCAUCUCUCCGACUUGUACACUAUUCCACCCUUGAGUAUCGUGUACUAUUUCUUGUAUUGUUAUUGUAAUGGUAUUGAGUGACAUUAAUGUCCCAAGUGAUUACUUUCUCUAAAUGUAGCAUUGACAGACACGGGAGCUGUUCUCAUGAUAACCAUUCCUUUGCAGACCAUGUGCUUAUAUACUGUAGCACUACAACAGACACACUACAGACACACUCCACCGCAGUACCACACACAUGAGAAAUGAAUUAUGUUACGUGUACAUUCUGUGAAGAUAAUUUAUGACAUUUGCAGCUGAGAAGUUUUACUGUAUAUACCAUGUGCUCGCGAGAUGAAAUGUUUACUGUUGGCGGAGGAGAGGGCUUUUCCCUCCCUCUCCCGGAGGUAGGAGCCGCGUGAAAGACGUGUGUGUUGAACAGACUGCGUGUGAGCUGUCGAGCGUUUGAUUGAAAGAGUGUUGAGACGAAAAUGUUUUGGAGGUUGUUGUUUUUUUUGUUUUUUUUUUCUGCCAAAAGCGAACACUGAGAUGUUGUGUGUAGCGCAGAGAGGCUGGACUUCUCUGUUUUGUCCGAUCUUGCCCCUGUAUCGGUUCGACAGUGCGACACAAAGAGACGGUGACGUCUCUUUGACGGUGCAGGACUCAACCCUGUGUGCCAUGGUGCUUUUUUUUUCCAUCAUGUUGAAAACAAACUUCUCAACCUCUUUUUUUUUUUUUUCUUUUCUUUUUAUUUGUUAAUCGUUAGAAAAUGUUAUAGUCACCGGUUCACAGCAGACAAAACGACACAGCAUCAAACCGUGUUGCCAAGCACAUCUUCACCCGACAGGCUGGCUUGAUCAACAAAGCACAACAGUGUAUGACUACCAUUGAAGUCGAUCCUUUUUUUUAAAAAAAGAAAAAAAAGAAAAGAAAAUCUGAAUGGUUGCCUAAUUUUGUACAUGUGUAAGUAAGAAGUGUAUAAUAUGUAUAUAUUAUAUAUAUAUAGAUUAUAUAAAAACCUGUUUGAUAAAUAUGAUAAAUGUGAAAGAUUUUCAUGUGAAAUAAAAAAAGAUAUUUUUGGAAAAGUA